CAACAGCUUGCUCAGCUCCAGAAAGAGAAAUCGGAGAUUCUGAAGAAUCUGGCAUUGUACUACUUCACUUUUGUUGAUGUUAUGGAAUUUAAGGACCAUGUUUGUGAGCUGCUGAAUACUAUUGAUGUUUGUCAAGUCUUCUUUGAUAUUACUGUCAACUUCGAUUUAACAAAGAACUACCUAGAUUUGAUUAUAACCUACACAACCCUCAUGAUUCUACUGUCUCGAAUCGAAGAAAGGAAGGCGAUCAUUGGCUUGUAUAAUUAUGCCCAUGAAAUGACACAUGGAGCAAGUGACAGAGAAUAUCCACGUCUUGGCCAGAUGAUUGUGGAUUAUGAAAAUCCUUUGAAGAAAAUGAUGGAGGAAUUUGUACCUCACAGUAAAUCCCUUUCAGAUGCUCUGAUCUCACUCCAGAUGGUCUAUCCUCGAAGAAAUCUCUCAGCUGAUCAGUGGAGAAAUGCACAACUACUGAGCCUCAUCAGUGCCCCCAGCACAAUGCUUAAUCCUGCACAGUCUGACACAAUGCCAUGUGAAUACCUCUCUCUGGAUGCAAUGGAAAAAUGGAUCAUUUUUGGAUUUAUUUUGUGCCAUGGAAUCCUAAAUAGUGAUGCUACAGCUUUGAACCUUUGGAAACUUGCACUUCAAAGCAGCUCUUGCUUGGCCCUCUUCCGAGAUGAAGUGUUCCACAUUCACAAAGCUGCAGAGGACUUGUUUGUAAAUAUACGAGGUUACAACAAGCGUAUUAAUGACAUCAGAGAGUGCAAAGAAGCUGCUGUUUCACAUGCCGGUUCAAUGCACAGAGAGAGACGCAAGUUUCUGCGUUCGGCGCUCAAGGAACUGGCGACUGUCCUCUCUGACCAGCCAGGCCUGCUGGGUCCCAAGGCACUUUUUGUAUUUAUGGCUUUGUCCUUUGCUCGUGAUGAAAUUAUUUGGCUGCUUCGUCAUGCAGAUAAUAUGCCAAAGAAAAGUGCAGAUGAUUUCAUAGAUAA